CCGCCGAGAUAGCGCCGUCUUCACAACCGUCACCGAAAGUGAAUUAAUUUUUGUAGAUCAAUGAGUACUCUAAUUGAAACACCGGAGACACUCGGAAAGCGUAAAGUAACCGAAAGCUCAAAACUUUCCGAUGAGACUCCGACAACAAAGCGUAGAAGCAGCCAAAAGCGAGCUUGUGUACACGAAGUCGCUGUACCCAACGACUACACACCAACGAAAGAGGAAACCAUUCACGGAACCCUAGAUAACCCCGUGUACAACGGAGACAUGGCCAAAACCUAUCCUUUCACUCUCGACCCGUUCCAGAGCAUCUCCGUAGCGUGCUUAGAGAGGAAAGAAUCGAUUUUGGUCUCUGCACAUACCUCAGCUGGUAAAACAGCUGUUGCGGAGUACGCGAUUGCGAUGGCGUUUAGGGAUAAGCAGAGGGUGAUUUACACGUCUCCUUUGAAGGCGUUGAGUAAUCAGAAGUUUAGAGAGUUGCAGCAUGAGUUUAAGGAUGUGGGUUUGAUGACUGGUGAUGUUACGAUCUCUCCUAAUGCUAGUUGUUUGGUGAUGACGACGGAGAUUCUUAGGGCGAUGCUUUAUAGAGGGUCGGAGGUUUUGAAGGAGGUUGCUUGGGUUGUUUUUGAUGAGAUUCAUUAUAUGAAGGAUAGGGAGAGAGGGGUUGUUUGGGAGGAGAGUAUUAUUUUCUUGCCUCCUGCUAUUAAGAUGGUUUUUUUGUCGGCCACGAUGUCGAAUGCUACUGAGUUUGCGGAGUGGAUUUGUUAUUUGCAUAAGCAGCCGUGUCAUGUUGUGUAUACGGAUUUUAGGCCUACGCCUCUGCAGCAUUAUGCUUUUCCUAUGGGUGGGAGUGGGUUGUACCUUGUUGUUGAUGAGAAUGAGCAGUUUCGUGAGGCUAAUUUUAUUAAGAUGCAUGAUACUUUCCCGAAACCAAAAUCUAGUGAUGGAAAAAGGAGUGCGAAUGGCAAAUCAGGUGGUAGGGGUGGUAAAGGUGGUGGUGGUGGUGGCCGUGGUGGCGACUCUGGUGAUUCUGAUGUUUACAAAAUUGUAAAGAUGAUCAUGGAGAGAAAAUUUCAACCAGUCAUCAUCUUCAGCUUCAGUAGAAGGGAAUGUGAAAAUCAUGCGUUGUCAAUGUCAAAACUUGAUUUUAAUACAGAAGAAGAGAAGGAGACUGUGGAACUAAUAUUUAAUAAUGCUAUUCAGUGCCUGAAUGAGGAGGAUAGAUCUUUAUCUGCCAUUGAAAUGAUGUUGCCACUGCUCCAACGUGGUAUUGCUGUCCAUCAUUCUGGUCUUCUUCCUGUCCUCAAGGAAUUAGUGGAAAUUCUUUUUCAGGAAGGACUUGUUAAAGCGCUUUUUGCCACAGAAACUUUUGCUAUGGGUUUAAACAUGCCUGCAAAAACUGUAGUGUUUACUGCUGUUAAGAAGUGGGAUGGUGACAGCCAUCGUUUCAUUGGGUCUGGUGAAUACAUCCAGAUGAGCGGCAGAGCUGGACGCCGUGGAAAGGACGAACGUGGCAUCUGCAUUAUUAUGAUUGAUGAACAGAUGGAAAUGCCUGUACUUAAGGAGAUGGUGUUGGGCAAACCAGCCCCUUUGCUUAGUACUUUUAGGUUGAGUUACUACACAAUUUUGAAUUUAUUGAGUCGUGCCGAAGGACAAUUUACAGCUGAGCAUGUUAUAAAGCACUCGUUCCACCAAUUCCAGUAUGAAAAGGCUUUACCGGAUAUUGAGAAUAAGGUGACCAAACUUGAAGAGGAAGCUGCCAUCCUUGAUGCUUCUGGAAAGGCGGAGGUUGCUGAGUACCAUAAGCUAAAACUUGACAUAGCUCCACUGGAAAAGAAACUUAUGUCAGAAAUAAUAAGGCCUGAAAGAGUGCUUUGUUUUCUUGAUACCGGACGGCUGGUUAAGAUACGAGAAGGUGGAACAGACUGGGGCUGGGGAGUCGUAGUUAAUGUUGUUAAAAAAACUUCCGUUGGAACCUCUUCACAAGGUGGCGGAUAUAUAGUGGAUACUCUACUUCAUUGCUCCACUGGUGUUAGCGAGAAUGGUGCAAAGCCAAAGCCGUGUCCUCCCCGUCCUGGGGAAAAGGGUGAGAUGCAUGUGGUUCCUGUUCAGCUACCAUUAAUUACUGCUUUGAGUAGACUAAGGAUAUCAGUUCCGUCUGAUCUUCGGCCACUAGAAGCAAGACAAAGCAUACUACUUGCAGUACAGGAGUUGUCGAGUCGCUUCCCUUUAGGGUUCCCAAAACUUCAUCCAGUCAAGGACAUGAAUAUUCAAGAUACAGAGAUAGUGGAGCUGGUCAGCCAAAUUGAAGAAGUUGAGCAGAAGUUACUUGCUCAUCCGAUGCACAAGUCUGAAGAUGAUCAGCAAAUCAAGAGUUUCCAGAGGAAAGCGGAAGUGAAUUAUGAGAUUCAGCAGUUCAAAUCGAAAAUGCGUGAUUCUCAGCUUCAAAAAUUUAGAGAUGAGCUUAGAAACCGUUCUCGGGUAUUAAAGAGACUUGGACACAUUGAUGCUGAUGGUGUCGUCCAGUUAAAGGGACGAGCUGCCUGCUUGAUAGACACAGGGGAUGAACUGCUUGUCACUGAACUUAUGUUUAAUGGUACUUUUAAUGAUCUGGAUCAUCACCAAGUAGCUGCCCUAGCAAGCUGUUUCAUUCCUGUAGAUAAAUCAAAUGAAAAGGUAGAACUAAGAAAUGAACUUAACAGACCGUUGCAGCAGCUCCAAGAGAAUGCAAGGAGAAUUGCAGAGAUACAACAUGAAUGCAAACUGGAAAUUGACGUUGAAGAGUAUGUAGAAUCCACCAUCAGGGAAGGCCUGAUGGACGUCAUCUACUGUUGGUCAACGGGUUCGACCUUUGCAGAGAUUAUGAAUAAGACUGACAUAUUCGAGGGGAGUAUCAUUAGGAGCGCUAGAAGGCUCGACGAGUUUCUGAACCAGCUUCGAGCUGCAGCGGAAGCAGUUGGAGAGAACAAUUUGGCGGUUAAGUUUGCAGCUGCUAGCGAGAGCUUGCGAAGAGGCAUUAUGUUUGCGAAUUCACUUUAUUUAUAAGAAGUAUUUUGUAGCAGUAUCUCGCUUAAUUCCGUAGCCAUGGAGACAUGUCGAUACUUGACUUCACUGAGAAAAUGGUUGUUUGUACUUUCCUUCUAUACUCCUCACUGAACCUUAAAAUCACGGUAUCUUUUGGUUUAUCAACAAGUUAGAUGGUGUUGAAAUUUUCCGAUUAAUGUUCUAAAUGAAAUAAAAGUGAUUAUGGA